AAUAGAAGAGGGGUAUUUAGGGUAUUUUGUGUGUAAAAUAUGUAAUGAGAAGAUCUAUGACGGACAAAUAAAAAGGGUUAAUGAGAAGAUCUAUAAGGUACGGAGGGAGUAGAUUAUUAAUAUAUAAUUUCUAUAAUUUUUAAUAUAUAAAUUACAAGAUAACAUGGAUUAAAGAAGUGUAUUAGAUAGUGUGUAAAAAUGAAAGUGGACAAAUACUCUGGGAUGGAGGGAGUAUGAGGCACUCAACAAAUGUAAGCAAUAAUCUGAUGAAUAUAAAAGUCAUUAAAAGAGACUAUGUACCAGAAGGGUCAAGUUCUUACCUCUAUUGUUUUUGCACUUAGAAAUCCUCUAAGAACUUCUUUUGCACCAGAAGGUCAAGUUUGCUUGCCAACCAACGAUGUACAACACGUUGACAGUCAUUGGCUUUAGUUGACUGGUCAGGAAAUACAUUUGAAAGACCAUAAGCUUUUGCAGCAAGCUUCUCAGUAGCUUCUGAUAUUGCACAUUCACAGAUUUGUUCAGGACACUUGAUUCCAAAAUAAAACUUCCUACACGAAGAAAGAAGGGUCGACGAGUCCACCGUGGCUUCAAAUUCUUGAACAUUACUGAUCGGACAAGAACCUUUGGUGAGGUUGACGGGUUACAAGAGCAUAUUUGUUGUAGUGUAUUAUUGGCACCCUUACUCUCUAGAAUCCUUUGAAAAUCUGAGAGGCAAUGCCUUGCAAGGUCCUAUUUAAAGCAAGUUUAUUUUUAUUAUGCCUUGCUGGAUACUUUGCAAGUGGAGUAGCACAAUCAAUCAAGGUCAAGGCUAUCAUACUUUCCAAGGCAGCAAAGUUUAACGGACAUGAUCCUGAAAGGGAAAUGAAGAAAGCGAGAGUUUUAUAUUUAUAGUAAUGGCGCCAAGAAUCUAAGGCUCCGUUUGAUAAUCUUAUUCAGCUUUAUCUUAGCAGAAUAAGCAAAAUAAAUAUGUUUAGGAUUAUUUGAAUGAAAUGGAUUUUAUCAAACACUUCCCCAUUAUAAAAAAAAGGCCAUUUCAGCCAAAUUACUCGGAGAAAAAUAUGCCCUAACACAUUUUGGAAAUGAAACAGACCAGACAGCUUUGGGGCAACCGUACUUCUUUGUCUAUAUGGAUGAUAUUGUGGUGACUAGAAACUCCGUGAAGUUUAUUGAUUUGUUUGUGGAGACACUAUCUCGUCGCUUCUCUCUAAAGGAUUUAGGGUCCCUCGUUCAUUCUUUUGGGUGUAGAAGUUAUUCCUAUGUUUUCUGGUAUAUUUCUAUCUCAGUCUCAAUAUAUUUCUAACAUUUUUGAUAGCAAAGAUAUAGCGGAUGCAAAGGGAACAUGCACUUGUAUGAUGGCUCAUGUGCAGCUUCACCCACAACUUUUUGUCAAGUACUUGGCCGCUGCUGGUCAUCUUUGUGUGUUGCAUUUACCUACUACUGAGCAGACUGCAAACAUUCUCACGAAGCCUCCAGUUGAGAUGAUGACUCUGGAGAACCUUUACGUAAAUGGAAUAAAGGAAUGCUUUUAUGAUCCCACCAUCAAUUUGCCAUGUGAAGGUGCAGCUAUGUGGGAAAUUUGUAUACCAGCAUGCAAAAAGAUGUUAGGAGGAUACGCAAGUGGAUGUUGUUCAUGGGACACCCCUACGAAACAUUGUCGAUGCCGAUGGAUAUCAAAUGAUGAUACAUGCUAAAAAAAUGUAUUCUUAUUUCACAAGUGCCUAAGAAAACUAAAAAGAAAGAGGAAUAAUGUAAAUGUGGUGCAUUUAUAUAUGCUUAUUUAGUCUUCGAGACAUAAUACAUACCCGUACUAUAUUUUAAACUUAAGUCCUACCGAGUAGUUUUUAACUUUUUAUUCCCUCCGUCCCAUAUAUUUUUAACAGAGCACCACUCAAAUUUCACGAGACCUUUUAUUUGUUUGCAUUUUUUAUGGCCUAUAUAAUGAAAUAAUUUUUAUCGU